AUGUCAAAACUAACUGAGGCCGAUAUUCGCAUGGAGAUUGAUGCGGAUUUAAAAAACAAAGGUUGGCGGUUAGUAGGCAAAAAGAAAAAUGUUUUUGGUGAAGAAUACUCUUCUCAAACUUUUGCCGAUUAUAUUCUUAAACCAAAAAAUUGGGUAGAUCCUUUAAUUGCCAUUGAAGCCAAAAGAACCGGACAAAAUUUAGAGAAUGCGUUGGAGCAAGCCAAAAACUAUGCUCGAAAAAGGAAUUCCCCAAUUGCUUAUGCAAUUAACGAAUACAAUCCUCGGAAAAUUAUUGCCAUUAAGGAUCGGGAAAAGUUAAUUGAAUUCUUUUCUUUUGCUAAUAAUCAAUUAAGGGAUGAUGGCUUAACCGAAGGUCAUGAAAGAUUUAGCGAGUUUUGUAGCAUUCUAUUCUUAAAAAUCCUCAGUGAACAAGAGGAAAAGGAAAGAAAAGACAAACGGCGUUCAGAGAACUAUGUAAAUAGUGCUUUAAAUUGCGGACAACAUAAAAAAGAUAAGUUUUGUUGCUUUCAAAGCAAAUAUGGCGAAGAUAUUUUUCAACGACUUCAAAUUAAUAGCCCAGCCACUUUAAAACGAAUUAUUGAUAAAUUAACUCCUCUUCAAUUAGUUAGUAUCGAUAUUGAUGUGAAAGGAGAAGCUUUUGAAUAUUUUCUUAAAGAGGCUAUUAAAGGUCAAAAGAAAGACUUGGGACAAUAUUUCACUCCUCGCCACAUCGUUAAUUUUCUAGUUCGAUUAGCCGACCCAAAACCUCACGAAACUGUUUACGACCCUUUUUGUGGCACGGGUGGAAUUUUAAUCAAAGUUUUUAAUUAUAUUGCCGAAAGAAUUCCCAAAAAUGAUGCUAAAAAAUGGUAUAAUUUAAAGGAAAAAACGGUUUGA